AUGGACCUAAAGCUAAAAGAUCGUGACUUCUGGUACAGUCUCCACAGGCAGGUUCCAGGGCUGCUGGACUGGGACAUGGAAAAUGAGUUGUUCCUGCCUUGCACUACAGACCAGAGCAACUCAGCUGAGGAGAACCUCGUCAGAUACAAAAUUCGAGUAGUGAAGCCUCCAGUAGUACCUGAGGAGAGGAAAUUCAGUCCUGAUGAGGAUGGUCCUCACAUUGAACCCAACCUAUGGAUGUGGGUGAACCCUAAUAGUGUGUGCCCCCUCAACAGCCAGGAGUCUCCAAAACCCAGUAAUAACAAGAAGUUGACAAGCAUGCUUUCUAUCCCUCAGCCAACCACAUCUGCUAAAGAGUCUGACUGCUCAGAGGCUCAGGAAGUGGUGGAGGAGUCCCUGCUAUUUUCCUCCAGUGAGCAAUCCCCCCAGCAAAUGCAGUUCACCUCUUCCCCCAGAGAAUCUGAGCUCACAGAAGAGAAGGCUGAAGCAGAAAAGGAUAAUUCUGUGGUCCUCCCCCUCCCUACAAAAAGGGACUACUUCCAGAAGCAGAAACAGCGACAAGCCAACAAACUGGAGAAUAAAUCCUGGCCACGACCCCCCCUGAACUACAGCCACCUAAUUGCCCUAGCAUUAAAAAACAGCCCCCCCUGUGGCCUCAAUGUGCAACAGAUCUACAAUUUCACUCAACAACAUUUCCCCUUUUACUGGACAGCACCAGAAGGCUGGAAGAAUACCAUUCGCCACAACCUCUGCUUCCUGGGCAGCUUUGAAAAGGUGCCACUCACCCCUGAGGAUGAGGCUGAAUUAAAACCUCGCUCUUGCCUCUGGAGGCUCACUGAGGAGGGCCACCGCCGCUUUCAGGAGGACAUUCGUGUCUUAGCCUCCGUUUGCAAGGAGAGCAUCCAACAGUCCAUGAGCCAACCAGAUUUAAUGGCCUCCCUCUUUCACUUUUGA